AAUUAUUUCCCAGAAUGCCAAGCGAGAGGAAAUGCAUUCAAUGUAUUUAAUUUUGGCUACUGCAACACUACUUGACGAAAUAGUGGUGUUGCUUCAGUUUAAGCCAAUGUAUAUUGUAUUCUAACAUUACACCUUUCGAGCAGCUUCAAAGCCUUAUUACGAUCACUUGUGUUAACACAUAGCUGAGGCCUUAUGUGGACACUAGGCGUACACGAUGACAACCGAGAAGAAAAACAUUGACGACAAGGUGCUCCAAUAUGAAACAUUUAUCAACGAGGUGUUGAAAAGAGACUUGGAGAAAGUGUUGGAGCAAAGAGAUGGUGUGUAUGAAAAGAUGGCCCAGUAUCUCCAGUUAAAAAAUUCCAUUGAAAACAUACAGGAAUCUGGAAGUUCUGACCUUAAGACAGAGGUAGAUCUGGGAUGCAAUUUCUAUGUUCAAGCUCACGUUCCUGAUGCCACAAAAAUAUUUGUGGCUGUGGGGUAUGGAUUUUUUGUGGAGUUCACACAUGCAGAAGCCCUGAAGUUCAUUGAGAAGAAGACUAGUCAGCUUACAGCGUAUUCAGAGGUACUAACUAAAGAUUCAGCCAAAAUCAAGGCCAAUAUUCGCAUGGUACUAGAGGGUCUCCGAGAGCUUCAGGGUUUGGGAGACCUUCCUGAGGUGAGGAGAAGAGAGGUCCUGUAGAGCUCCUGUUAUAUACUUUGGUAUUGGGCUUCAUGUCAUAUUUCUCCAUUUUCCUGUGGAGAGGCUUAUUUGUUUCAAACAUUGACUUAGCUGUGCAAUGAAAUCAUACACAGUUUAAAUUGGCUUCCCAAUGGGUGCACCAAUGUUUUUUUUUAUUUUAAAUAUUGCUGUCUAGUUUGCAGUGAUUAAAAAUAUAUUUUUGAA